CUACUUCGACCCUGUCCAAGUUUUUUGGAGACCUGUAUUUCCUUAAGUACCACACACAAUGGCUUCUUCAGUGACUGGUAGCGUGCUACCCAGUGGCAGCAAAGUUUUUACCACCAUACCUGAUUUUCUCUUCAUUCCAGAGUUUGUGUUUGGUGGAUUGGUGUGGACCCUGGUGGCCUCCACCCAUGUGGUCCCAGCAAAUCCUCUGGGCUGGGUCAUGUUUGUGUCCAUUUUCUGCUUUCUCAUCACCACUUUCUGGUUCUUCAUUUUCAUCACUGGUAAAAACCAGAGCAGCAUAUGGCCUGGCCUGGAUGCUGGAUAUCAUGCCUUUGCUGCAUUCUUUUACUUGAGUGCUGCCGUUCUUCUGGCUUAUAUCACCAUCUUUUUGAAUGCUUUACCUUACACUGAUGUCCUCAAAAUGUACAAGCUGGACAUUGCUGCUGUGGUUAUGGCCUUUGUUACCACAUUGCUGUACUUCAUUCAUGCAGUUCUCUCUUCUCUACGAUGGAAGUCCUCUUGAAAAACAAAGUCAAAGGAGAGAAACACUCAUUCAACAGAAAAUCCAAUUUAGCCCCAGAUAAACCAAACAAGAAACCAACCACAUGACAAUGAUCACAUAAUUAAUAUAAAUCCCUCACCUAAACCAGACCUCUAACUAACCAUCUGGAUAUCAGGGACAAACCAACCACCAAAUCAAACCAAACCAACCUUCAAGCAGCCCAAAGGAUAUCAGGGACAGAUAUCCCUAUCCUAUCUUAAAUAACCAACAGAAUAUCAGGAAGAAACCUUCUACCUAACCAACCACAAAUUACAUUUGAGGAGGUGAUCAUUAUCAAACUAGGAGGAGAAAUAGGUUUGAGAUGACUAUCAAAACAAGCCAAUGUAAAAACAAAGCAAAAAUAAAAACCAAACAAUGUUCAUCUAGGGCCAAAUCUAUCAAAAGAUCCAUAGGCCUAUUCUGAAUUAGAUUAAGAAUUAAACUCUGGAGAGGGCUUUUGAAGGGAUUAUAUUGUGUCAACACCUCUAACAUAGUGGUUAUUUAAAGUCUUUAAAUGGCUUUUAGGUGUGUUUGGGCUGUCAAAGCAAUUAAACCAUAUUGUAUUGUAUUGAAAUCAUCUGUGUGUUGUUUUAGAAAUAAAUCUAUUUGAUAUAUACUGUAUUUCUGAGAAGUAUUUG